GUGGCGUGUGACGUCAUAAGGCAGCGCCGCUACUGCGCUGUGAAUCAACUGGAGAAAGGAUAAAGUGUCCAAACACAGAGAAAAACUCCUGCUGAAGCGACUGAUCUCCACACUGUUAUAAAGAUGGCGUUUAUUAAAGAGGAGAGUGAAGAUGUAAAGAUUGAAGAAACAUUCAGAGUCAAACAGGAAGAUCUGCAGGAACAAACAGACCUAAUUGAAGAGAAUGAGGGGAGUAAAGAGGAGGAACAUCAUGUCAAAAUUGAGGAAAAAAAUCAUUUACAGACUGAUGGCAUUGUGAAAAGGAGAGACAAGAAUCGUUACACCUGCAUUCAGUGUGGAAAGAGUUUUGGAAGAAAAGACAAUCUUAAGACUCACAUGAGGAUCCACACUGGAGAGAGACCAUUCACAUGCACUCAGUGUGGGAAGAGUUUCUACCAAUCAUCAAACCUUAAUAAUCACAUGAAGAUCCACACUGGAGAGAAACCAUUUACAUGCACUCAGUGUGGGAAGAGUUUCAUCCAUUCAUCACACCUUAAUCUACACAUGAUGAUUCACACUGGAGAGAAACCUUUCACGUGCACUCAGUGUGGGAAGAGUUUUAAAUGCUCAUCACACAUUAAUAAACACAUGAGGAUCCACACUGGAGUAAAACCAUUCACUUGCACUCAGUGUGGGAAGAGUUUUAACAGCUCAUCACACCUUAAUCAACACAUAAGGAUCCACACUGGAGAGAAACCAUUUACAUGCACUCAGUGUAUGAAGAGUUUCAUCCAAUUAUCACAUCUUAGUCACCACAUGAGGAUCCAUACUGGAGAGAAACCAUUCACAUGCACUCAGUGUGGGAAUGGUUUUAGCCGAUCAUCACACCUUAAUAAACACAUGAUGAUCCACACCGGAGAGAAACCAUUCACAUGCACUCAGUGUGGGAAGAGUUUUAGCCGAUCAUCACACCUUAAUAAACACAUGAUGAUUCACACUGGAGAGAAACCUUUCACGUGCACUCAGUGUGGGAAGAGAUUUAAAUGCUCAUCACACAUUAAUAAACAUAUGAGGAUCCACACUGGAGUAAAACCAUUCACUUGCACUCAGUGUGGGAAGAAAUUCAGCCAAUUAUCACACCUUGAUCAACACAUAAGGAUCCACACUGGAGAGAAACCAUUUACAUGCACUCAGUGUGGGAAGAGUUUCAGCCAAUUAUCACACCUUAAUCACCACAUGAGGAUCCAUACUGGAGAGAAACCAUUCACAUGCACUCAGUGUGGGAAUGGUUUCAGCCGAUCAUCACACCUUAAUAAACACAUGAUGAUCCACACCGGAGAGAAACCAUUCACAUGAACUCAGUGAGAAGAGUUUCAGCCAAUUAUCACACCUUAAUGAACACAUGAAGAUCCACACUGGUGUGAAAGUGUAUAUGUGCUUUGAGUGUGAGAAGACUUUUAUUAGAGCUUCAAAAUUGAGACUGCCCCAGGCGAUUCACAGUGUUAUAAGAGGUUUAAUCAGUUAACACAUUUGAAAACACAAAAGAGGAUGCAAACUGGAGAGAAACUGUACAGAUCUGAUCUUUGUCUACAGAGUUUCGUUCAUUCGGCGCAGCUUAAGAAACACAUGGACAAAAAGUUGCAUCUUUAACAUGAAUGCAGCAAAACAUUUUCUCAUGUGCAGAGGAUGUUGCGUUCCUUGCGUUGUAGUGAAUGGUGCCCAUGGAAUGAAUGGUGCCAUUAUUAAUGUGAGACAACAAAAAUACAAACGCAAACCUCUUCUGUAUUCUGACAUUCCAAUUCUUCAGAGCUCAACUAUCUGAAACAGUCAAGAGUAAGAGAAGAGCAUGACGUGACCAGAAGAGGGUGCACAAGACUCAGGAACGGAGAAGAAGGGAGAUGUUACCUCUCUCUGACCCUUAUCUGUUCUUACCUUCUCCUGACCUCCUUUGAGUGCAUACAACUUGCGCAGGUGACCCUGAAGACCUGAGACUCUGCUUGCGAAGCAGGGAGGUCUCAUAGUCAUCGUAAAUUAGGGAUGCCUCUCAUUGGAAAUACCUUGUGGAAUGCUUAGUGCCUUAAAACAUCUAAACAUUGUGUAUGAGAGUGCUUGUAUGUUGAUUUAUGUUCUAAGAUGUGCCUAUGGAACAGCUAUAAAUUUGUUCACAUAAGACAUGACCUAUACGUUUUGCUGAAUAGUAGAAUUCUUGACUGAGUGGUCAGACCACAUCAUUAGUUGAUCCUUAGUGAUUUAUAAUUAGUGUUUUGAUAUGUUGGGUAAAACCCAGAUGGUGUACGGGUAGUUAUAUGCAGUAUGUCAAGUCCUCACUGAUAUAUGAGGUGUAGUUAUGUGCAUGACCUGAUUUUGGAAGUUUAAAAGCUGAACCAAACUGACCAGCUUUGUGCUUUCCGACUUCUGUAUAUUGAGGUUGGUUGCCCUUUAUCCUCAACGGAGGAUAAAGUAAGGAUUUUGUUUCUGUCAUUUGUCUUUUGUUUAUUCUACCUUUUCACUGGAUUUUAUUUUAUGAAUUAAAGUGUUUUUUAUUACAUUUC